UUGAAAAUUUCAAAUACAACAUCACGAUCGUCUGUUCUAUCCUGGUGGGCUCCAAACAUCAGAAAUGGUGUUCUCCGUCAUUAUAUUGCUUGGAUAAACUACCCAAACAAUACAUGUGAACGACUUUCCUCAUGGUCUUGUACGGACUGUGACGAUGUUACUUCACUUAACCUAAGCGUAAAACAGGUGCCUGAAUGUUCAAAGAGCGAACAGUUCAAGUUUAUGUCUGGGAAAUCAUUACUCUGGCCCGUGACGAGUUUACAUCCAUUCAGAAACUAUACGGCAUUUGUUGCUGCUUAUACAGUGGACAUGGGGCCCAGAUCUGACGUUCAGAUACUCACUCUGGAAGACAUUCCAGGGCAACCAGUAAACUUGCAUGUACGUGAAACUACAUUCAGUUCAAUAAACAUUCAGUGGUCGGCACCUAUUGAACGCAAUGGAAUUGUAACAAAUUACACAGUGAAAUACUCUUUCCUUGACCGAGACUGCCGUCAGACAGGUGCAGCAGUGGAAUUAACAUCCAGCACUAAUGUGACAGAAAUAGAACUAAGUCGGUCUACCCAUAUUGGAAUUAUAAUAUAUCAGUCAAAGCUACAAACAACAUCGGUUCGGGAAAUUAUUCAAAUGUUUAUCAAGUAAAAACACAAGAAUCAAAUCCAGGGGUUAUAAAUGCAACCAGCAGCGCCUUUGUCUUCGCUCAAAAUGCAACAGUAAAGUGGAUAUCCCCAUGUUUUCCAAAUGGCAUUCUGACAUACUAUUACCUGGAAAUAACAAAUGCAACAGCAUGUAAUCAUAACGUUACUUGUGUAUACGUCGUUAAAGUGAACGCAUCUGAAAAUUACUUGGUUUUAAAUGAUCUGUUGCCAUUCAGAAAUUACAGCGUUCGGGUAAUGGCGGAAAAUAAAGCCGGUAUUGGGAUAUACAGUCAUCCAAACGAAUUCAAGACAGCGAUAGACGAUCCAGAAACACCAGCUUACUUGAGUAAGAAUGACAUUAAUUCAACUUCUAUCAGGGUGUCAUGGGUUCAAUCCAAACGCUAUACUGGCCCGACAGUAUACAAGGUUAUGACGACUGAUUUAAAGACGAAUAAGGUUGUCAGCAUAUUUUAUACACAAACUGGAUUAUGGUUCGAUGAAUUAGCAACCGAGGCGAUAAUUGGUAAUCUCGAUGCUUACUGGAAUUACUCUAUCGAUGUUAAGGCGGUCACAUCAUUCUGCGAGCAAGACACACGUUACAGCAAUACCUCCACUAUCUACAUCCGAACGGAAGAAGACGUUCCUGGACCGGUGACAAAUCUAACUGUUCGAAAUGAAACUGAUCUGAAAAAGCCAAGACAACUCUUUGUGAGCUGGGAACCUCCAACAGAACGAGACCUCAACGGAAUUAUUGUUGGAUAUGAUAUAUUCUGUUAAAACAGUGAUCAGGAGUUCCGAACAAGCUCAUCAGAGUAUUCGCAAAAUAUAUCGCUGUUUAUUGACAACAUGGUCGACGUAACAGUUAAGGUGUGGGCUGUUACAAAUGUAGGAAGAGGAACACGCACUGAACAUGUGAUACCAGUUUCACCUGGAGCACCUAUCCACGCUAACGAAUCUCAUUCCAUUCCUCUGACAAAAGGAGCUGAUGUUCCUCUCGAUGACGACAAAACGAUGAUUGCUGUGCUACUCCCGAAGACAUUCCUCUGUAACAAUAUUAAUGGCAAGCCAGAUAAAUGGGGCGUCAUAGUGGCAGAGGCUAGCCAAGCGACCGAAACAUCAUUUGUUGGAAGCAUCGGCGAAUAUGAAUCGCACAAAUCCAACUAUUAUGGGAUUUGGUCCAAAGUCAUAGAUGAGACAAAUAGACCACCGUACUUAGCUACUGAUUCAGCGUGGAUACCAGCUUGUGGGGAAGCCUCAAGUCGAAGGCGACAAGAGGUAAGUGACCUAGAUACACAUUUGAUCUUCAUCGUUGGCACGGAGCAUUGUUUAAGCAAUCAAAUGUACUGCAACGGUCCUUUGCAGCUAGGAAAGGCUUAUCGGGUGAAGUCGUAUGCCUGUACGACAACUGGAUGUACAGAGACAUUAUACUCACUCCCUAUCUGGACCGGUUCGUUCUUUCCUAUUUAA